AUGCCGCUAGUACCGCAGGACGUAAGAGGAGUGAGUACCCGUGCUAUGUCAGAAGCGCAGCGUGUGAGGGAAGAGGGUGCUGCAGCUCAAACCAGCGAUGCAGAAGCCAAGCCUGUGCAGGUGGAUCUUCUGCUACAGCUGCAGCAAAUGAUGGCAGAGCAAGCGCGCCGCCAAGAAGAGCAAGCGCGCCGCCAAGAAGAGCAAGCGCGCUGUCAGGCAGAACAGCUGCGGGAGCUGAAAGAAGAGCAAGCGCGCCGCCAAGAAGAGCAAGCGCGCCGCCAAGAAGAGCAAGCACGCUGUCAGGCAGAACAGCUUCGGGAGCUGAAAGAAGAUCAAGCUCGUCGCCAAGAGGAUCAAGCUCGCCGCCAAGAGGAGCAAGCGCGUCGCUUGGAAGAGAUGCACAGGGAUUUCACGAAGGGACUGCAAAAGGCUGUCGAACGGGUACAAGAAGUGGAGGAAGGGUUAGGCAAGUUGGAACAUCGCGUCAUGGCGAUAGAGGAGAGAGUGAAAGAAGAGAUCUCCAAAAUCAAGCAGGAAGUGACAAGCCCAAGCCCUUUGAAGAGCCGAAGCCGUCUUGCAGCCGUUUUUGACGCCCCAAAUGUGGCCUCAAGCGUAACGAAAGGGCUCAAGAUUCCCCAUUACGACGGAACAACAUCCUGGAACGCGUUCAAGCUACAGUUUGAGACACUUAUGGAGGCUUAUGGUUGGACUCAGAAGGAAGCACAGUCAGCCCUCACCCUGGCCCUCCGUGAUCAAGCGCUCUCAGUGCUGGAAGCUAUCGGCGCAAGCGGGGAUCUCAGCUUUAGUGCCCUCCUCGACGCACUUGAGGCACGUUUUGGAGACAGCCACCUCGAACACGUGUACAGAGCGCAAUUAAAAGAGCGUACUCAGCGUGCUAAUGAGAGUCUACAGCAAUGGUCCGUGGAAAUCGAGAAACUUGUGCGUCGAGCUUUCCGGUCGACUCCGUCAAUGAUUGAAGGCACGCUUCUCCAAGCGUUCAUUGACGGUAUUUGGGACCCCGAAGUACGAGCUGCUGUUUAUCUGGGCCAUCACAAGAACAUGAAAGAAGCUCUGGCCCAUGCAUUGGAAGUGGAAGCAGUGCGUGGCAACUCCCGUACCUUACGUCUGCGGGAAAUGACGACAACGGAGCAGGUACCUCCACGCCGUCGGAACUUCAUGUGCUAUGGAUGUGGAGAGCGUGGGCACAUACGGAGCGACUGCCCGAAGAAGAUGAACCGCCAGGACGCGGCGGUCUCAACUUUUGACCAGCAGGGAAACUUAAAUCCAGCCAGGGCUGCGGGGUGGGCGCUGGCUGGUAGUGGAACAACCCCAACAAUCUACAUCAAGCAAACCAACGAUGGAAAUACUCUGGUGAUAGACGGUCAAAUGAUCCUAAUGUACCACAAACGAAUACAAGCUAAACAGAUUCUAGACGAAAUAAAUAGAGAUUAUAAAAACCUAAAUAACUAUUCGGAAAUCUACAAAGAAAUAGGUCGAGCCAGCGUCAAGAACUGCCAAAUAUACAGCGAGAGAGGUUGGGCGAUCACCGUUGUCACUUGCGUAAUGACAUUUCCAGUGAUGGCUAUAUCUUUGAACAUUUAUAAUUUCGCGUUCAAAUCUGAGCCAGUGAAAUAUAUGAUACACGAUUUGGAGAAACCGUUUUCUGAUAACCCCGAAGCCAGAUUUGAGUCGCCUUAUUUUGAGAUAAUUUUCGUAUACAUGUUCUACUGUUCAAUACUUUACGUGGUAAAUUUUACUGGAUACGAUGGUUUCUAUGGAUUGGCUAUCAACCAUGCUUGUUUGAAGAUGGACCUGUACUGCAGGGCCUUGGAGGAGGCUUUCAAAGCUGAUGCUGAAGAGGUCUGCGGUCGGGUCAUUGGAGUUAUUAAGGAGCAGUGCCGAAUGUUUCAAUUCGUCGAUCUAAUUCAGGAUACAUUCAACAUUUGGUUGGGCAUUAUAUUCUUGGCGACAAUGAUACAAAUAUGUACCUGUUUGUAUCAUAUUACUGAGGGUUACGGCUUUGACCUUCGGUAUAUGAUAUUUGUGACUGGCGCAGUCAUACACAUCUACCUACCAUGCCGCUAUGCAGCUAAGCUCAAAGCUAUGUCACUGGAAACUGCGAACCGCUUCUACAGCAGUGGAUGGGAACAAGUGGAUGACCAGAGGGUCAGGAAGAUGAUUCUAUUCAUGGUUGCGCGCGCGCAAGUACCGAACGAGAUCGUGGCGUUAAACAUGUUGGCAUUCGAUAUGGAAUUGUUUGUAUCGAUAUUGCAGACCUCAUAUUCCAUGUUUACGCUGUUACGGUCAUAA